AUAUCACGCGCACAUCCCCCUACUCCGGAGCUCGGUCACUGCUCGCGCGGCGUGGUAGCCGGAGAUGACACUUCUUGCUCCACUUUCUCUUCCCCUCCGCCUCGUCUUUCUCUCCCUCCUCCUCCAUCUCUCCUCUUCCGAGGUCUUCUUCGAGGAGCGCUUCGAUGAUGGUUGGGAGAGUCGAUGGGUGAAAUCGGACUGGAAAAGGAGUGAAGGAAAAGCCGGUUCAUUCAAGCACACCGCUGGAAAGUGGGCGGGAGAUCCAGAUGACAAAGGAAUUCAAACGCACACGGAUGCUAGGCAUUUUGCAAUUUCAGCGAAGUUCCCAGAAUUUAGUAACAAGAACAGGACACUGGUGGUCCAAUAUUCUAUAAAGUUUGAGCAGGACAUAGAGUGUGGCGGUGCUUACAUCAAGCUUCUUUCUGGUUAUGUCAAUCAAAAGAAAUUUGGCGGUGAUACUCCAUACAGUUUCAUGUUCGGGCCUGACCUAUGUGGCACGCAAACAAAGAAGCUUCAUGUUAUACUCUCCUACCAGGGACAGAAUUAUCCUAUCAAGAAGGAUCUACAAUGUGAGACAGACAAGUUAACACAUGUCUACACCUUUAUUCUUAGGCCUGAUGCCUCAUAUAGUAUUCUGGUCGAUAACCGGGAAAGAGAUUCUGGAAGCAUGUAUACUGACUGGGAUAUCCUUCCGCCUCGAAAGAUUAAGGACAUUAAUGCAAAAAAGCCGCUAGACUGGGAUGACAGGGAAUAUAUUGAUGAUCCUAAUGACGCUAAGCCAGAGGGAUAUGAUUCUAUUCCACGUGAAAUUCCUAAUCCAAAGGCUAAAAAGCCUGAUUCAUGGGAUGAAGAUGAAGAUGGAAUUUGGAAACCGCCAAAGAUACCAAAUCCAGCUUAUAAGGGAUCAUGGAAGCGAAAGAGAAUCAAGAACCCAAAUUACAAGGGGAAGUGGAAGAUCCCCUGGAUCGACAAUCCAGAGUUUGAAGAUGAUCCAGAUCUGUAUGUGCUAAAGCCUUUGAAAUAUGUUGGUAUCGAAGUGUGGCAGGUAAAGGCUGGUUCAGUUUUUGACAAUAUUCUGAUAUGUGAUGACCCAGAGUAUGCAAAACAAGUUGUAGAAGAAACUUGGGCGAGGAAUAAAGAGGCUGAGAAAGAGGCCUUUGAGGAGGCAGAGAAAGAGAGAAAAGCUAGAGAAGACGAGGAAGCCAGGCGUGCAAGGGAGGAAGGUGAGAGACGGCGGCAAGAGAGGGGAUAUGAUAGGCGACAUCGUGACAGGGAGAGGUACAAGGAUAAAUAUCGAAGGCGUGAUCACCGGGAUUAUUUGGAUGAUUAUCAUGAUGAAUUAUGAGAGCCCUAAAAUUUUAGAGUUUAUGAUGUGCGGAUCGAAACAAGGCAUGCAUUUCGUAUUAUCGUGUUAUUGUAUGGAGUCAUUGGUGCUGGUCGCAGUUAGUUCCAGUUUUGUAUGUUUGGAUGCUAUACCCUCUAAGAACUCUCUCCUCUAUCUUCUUGCUCCAUUCAGGAGGAACAAGUUAAGCUUGAACCUCCACCAUGUUGUAUCAAUAAUUUUAGCUACAGCAUUGAAAUGAAAGACCUAACUAUUCAAAUUGUUUGGGGCUA